AUGCAAACGUCCACUUCCGGAUUCAAUGUCUCGAUGCCCUGUCUCCAGAUCGGCGCUUUCGUGAAGCUCCUCCGGCAUGAGGCCAGAUUUGCCGAAGCACUUCGACAAGCUUGUGAUGCAGGCUUUCUGCCCUUCGAUGGCAGCCCUCCGUGCCGCCUUGAACGUGCAGACGGGUUGAGCCCAGAGGCCAUUUCGGCCGUGAAGUUUCUAUCCAGAGAAUUGUCCGAGCUACCCCGGUGUCUCUGCCUGAAAAAGCACCUCGGACUACGGGAGGAGCUCAGCAAGAUCUGCACGACAAAGGCUGGUGUCGUCACAUGGUUCGACUUGGCACGAGUGUUCACAAGCUUCAACCCACUUCUUGCAAAACAGGUCGUGUCCGAGAUUUGGACGUUUAUGGCAGAGGGUGAGGAGCUCCAGCUGAGUCUUUUCUUUGCGUUUUGCCUUCCCGGAGCCGGAGGGAAGGCCUUGCCGCUGGUAUCCCCGUGGUCUGUGACAGAAGAAACAAUGAGGAUGGCUCGAGCGGACCUGGAGGCGAACGUGGCAAAGCUUCUUCGAGAAAAGCAAGCCAGCGAGGCAAAGCACAAGGCGCUUCAAGCCGAGCAUGAGGAAUUGGUGUUGCUCAUCUCCUUUCAGGGUGGAUCACAAUGCGAGCAGAUGAUGCCCGUGAAAGAAGCUCCGCGCCGAGUGUGA